AAGACUAAUUCUUUAGCCAUCUAUAGUUCUUUGUUUAGGGUGGAACCCUAUGAGAUUUCCCCCUUCAAGUUAGCAUAUUGAUUGGUAUUGCCAUAUUGUUGAAGUAUCAUGGGUGAAGCUUCCCUUUCAUUUCUGGUUCCAACAAUCUUUCCUCCUCUUCUUAAUGAUGCUCCCUGAGCCUUAGGUGCAGGAGUUGGUGUGUGGUGUGGUGUGUGUGUGUGUGUGUGUGUGUGUGUGUGUGUGUGUGUGUAUCUUAGGGCUAGACACCCCACAAUCACUUGUUCUCUGAAGCUGAGUGGUUGUGGUUUUCUGCAAUGGUCUCUCUCUGUUGCAAAGAGAAGCUUUUUUUGGUGAGGGGUGAGAGCUACACUUUUUUGUAGUAAGUGGGAUUCACUUAGGAAUUGUACUGAUUUAGUCAAGUGGUGGUACUGCAUUCUCCUCUAUGAUGCAUGAACUCAUUAGCCCCAGCUAAUUUCCGAGCUUUCAAGGACCAGGCAUGAUUUCCGUGCUGUUGAGUAGGCCUAAGUCUAAUUAGAGAGCUGUUGGUGCGGUUUCAGCAGCAUCGGUGGAACGUACGUGUUGGAGAGUUCUGAUGACGAAUUUUUAGACAAUAACAGAUUCUUGAGCUGAGCCAUCAGUAUGGUUGGAAAUUGAAGGGAAGUACGCAUUUCUGUUCGAAGUACAGUGGCUUCCACAAGAGUUGAGAUGUGGUCAGAGGGAUGGUGUGACUACAAGCGAUUUCCAGGAAAACAAGCGCAGGGAUGGUAUGAGUACAAGCGACUUCCAAGAAAACAAGCACAGGGAUGGUGUGACUACAAGAGACUUCCAAGAAAAGAAGCGCCUCCUUGGAGCCAUCCCGGUGAUGGCAACCAUAGAUUAAUUAAUGUGCCAAAGAGACCGCCUCUGGGAGACAAGAGAUCAUCUCUGCUAGCCAGACCCAACGAAGCAGGCUACGGUAGAUACUACUGGCACGUUGAUUGGCAAGAAUGGGACGAGGGCCGCUGUUUUACUCAGGAUCCAAGAAGAGCCCCACCCUACAAAAGAGGCCAUUAUGGCUACCGAUGGUCAAGAGAUGAGUAUUCCACAAGCCAACAGCCUCAAUACAGGGCCAUGAGAAACGGCUUUAGAAGAAAACGUUUCUAUUCUUCCCAUUAUUCAAGACAACGCUCUCCCCAUAAACGGGGCACUGCUUUUAUGAGAGAAUCACGUGUGGGUGGGAAGGACUCCCUACACAGCAGAUUUGGAUCCAGUCUCAGCAGUAGAAGCAGGAUGCGCUCCUUCCAUCAGUCUCGACGUAGAUGUAAAGAGAGAGCCAUCCAGUUUUUGAAAACAUCAAGAGAUACUGUGCCCUCAAGUUCUUCAUCCAAGGUGUUAAAAAGCCCCAGCCGGCUGACUGAGAAGGAACAGGCUGAUGCUGCAAGCAAGAGGGCUAAUGAAAAUCCCAAGCAGUCAGAAGAAAAUAACUUGGCUGAAAUUUCGGAGUUUGAGACCGGAUCCAAGGAACCAUUUCGUAUCAACCAGACAGAAGAACCCGAGUCAAACACAACAGCUGGCCCAGAAUUGUGUGAAGACAGCCAGCUUAGCAUUCGCUCAAAAGCGAUCGCAUCAAAAAUCACUGAGAUUGAGAAGGUUUACCGACAAGUCUGUGAAGUUUUCGGGAUGGUGGUGGAAAGGCUGGUUGAAAAGGAUCGUUCGUUAGAAAGAUCUAUACAGUUUGCAAUGAAGCAGAGUUUGCAUGAAAUAGGUGAGCAACGUGUUGAAGAACUCAAGCAUUUCAUUAUGGAGUAUGAUAAUUCUACUCCAGAUUUUGGAGACCCUUUUUAGGAGAAUUAGGGCUCGGUU